AUGGCGGGCGGACGCGAGGAUCAUUUUCUCAGACUUGAAGAUUUAUGCAUAAGAUUUGUAUCUGCUCAUGGAAACCUCUGGGAUCCUAAAGUUCUCUUAGGUGUGUAACAUUUGGUGAAAUCAAUUUGCUGAUUUUGGGACGUGAUUGCCUUGAGGGUUGCUUUGGGUGACAACUAAGUGACUGCAUGAACGAGCGUGAUGAUAUAAUACCAGAACGAGUUUACAACAAUGCACCCCAUUUUACACACAAUGAAAACGUCGAUGAUUCUCUUUUAAAAUAGUCAUUUAGCACUCACAAACAAUGGGAAAUGUGUGCUUUCUUGCGUACCUUUCGGUUGUCCUUAAAAAGUAUAGUUUAAUUAUAUUAUCCUUACAUUAUAUUACAUGUAUGUUUAGGCAAUGACAUUAUUAAUAAUAGACAUGAAAAAUUACGCGCUUCUGAUCGGCUGAAAACGAUUGCAUUCUCAUGUAACAUGAGUGCAAAAAUUGGAACAUGGGAGCAAGUUAUAAAUAGUAUGCACACGCUUUCAAAAUUCUGUCAGUCUUGACUUCCUGCAAUAUGUUUUAUAUGUACACUAUUAACAAGUAAUAUCAUGAUUUUGAGUGCAACUUGGUGUAAUUAGCACUUGUAAAUUUUUCAAAGACUACAAAUCAUGUAAUUACUUGUUAAUAAUUUACAUGAAAAUGCAUCAUAGAAAAAUUUUGACAGUGAGCAUGCUAUUUGGAAUUUGCACUUACAUCACAACUUUUCACUCAAGUGACAUGAAACUGCAUGCAUUUUCAGUCAAUCAGAAAUGCAUAACUUUUUAACCCUUUAAGUCCCAUGAGUGACAAUGACAGAAUUUCUCCAUACAAUAUCAAUAUAAUAUCGACCAGAUAAGAGAUGAGAAUAAAGAACAAUAUCAAUUUGGGGAUAAUUGGUUGAUCCAAUACUAAAUUCUCUGAAGUAACAUCAUGAAAAUUGUAUGGUUGACAGAAAAGAGAAAUACAAAUUUGAUCUGGGAGUUAAAGGGUUAAAUUGAAUUAUUAUGUAAAUAAACAGUGCACUGUUGUCUAACCUAGCUUACGCUUGUUGUGCUUUUGCUUUAUAAAACUUUCAGGAAUUCCAAGACAUCUCCUUCUUCCAAUUUUAGAGAAUUUCCAUCCUUUUGAUGUAGAAAGGCUUGAAGUCAGUGGCAUUUUCCAAACUGUUGGUAAGAAAGACUUAAGCACAGCUGUACCCCUGGACAUGGCAGAAUAUACCACCAUGUACAUUUUGUGGUAGUCCUUUUAACCCUUCACACCCUAACAUCAAUAUCCAUUUUCUCUAUACUGUUCUCUAUACAUUUUCUUUGGUGCUGACAAGGAGAAUUUGUUUAGCAAUCUAAACUUUUUAGGUUGGCAAUCAUUUACUUUCUUCUCAUUAUCAACCUAUGUGUAGUUUUGUUUUAUAUGAUGAUUUACCUUUUUUCGAAUGUCAUGGGUCUAUAUCAUAUGGUAUUUUGUUCUUUAUUACAAAAUAUUUUAUGAAUAAUAUAGGUCAUAAUUACUUAUACUGAUGCUUUUGUUUAACAAUUAAUUUGGGAUAAAUUUGUUUUGUGUGAUAAUUUGUGAGUUGGCCCCAGUGGAAAGUUUUUAAAGGUGACAUUUUGAACAUUAGUCCUUUGUCACAGCCAAUAGAACUCUCACAAGUCAGUUUGAGAAAGUCUCAUUUGUGGCCUAUUUAAUCAUUAAUGAUUGGUUCAUACGUCAGCAUGCGUUCAUCGAGAUAUGAAGCACGUGGGAAGUUUGGAGAGCACGAAAGAUGCAUAAGAGUUGUUUGAGGUGUAGCCGAGAGCAACUCUAGCUUCUUGAGUGCUCUCCAAACUUCCCAAGUGCUUCAUAUAUUGAUGAAUGCACAGCUGACAUAUGAACCAAUUGUUUUAUAACAUUUUCAACCCAAUAGAAAAUUUUUUUCCUUGAGGGAUUUGUUUGCUGACGUCGUGAGCGUGCCUAAUAGGAAUAUGAAGCAUGCUUGCGCAAUUGAAUUUGAGUAGACAAAUUUACUAGCUAUGUUAUAAACCCAGUUGAUAAAACCAAAUUAUCUUGUUACACUCCCACUAACACAGCACCACAGUUCAUCAAGAAACUUUCCCCCUUAAUUUUUUUGUAGUUUGUUUUGUACUUUCCUCUGUUUAACCCUUUACUCCCUACAUCAGUGCAAAUAUUCUCCAUACUACUCCCUAUACAUUUCUUAGGGUUCUGACAAGGAGAAUUUGUUCAACAAUCAAGAGCUUCUUUUUGUUGAUGAUCAUCUCCUUUAUCCUCAUGACCUUAACAUUUGAUUCAGGGGUGAUGCUUUAGGGAGAAAUGAGAUGUUAGUCACUCUUAGGGGUUAAAGGAUUAAGGAGUAUAAUAAUGUACCAAGAGCAAAGGAGAAACCACUCAAACUGGUUUUACUAUGACCUGAAAAUUAAUGUACAGCAUCUUUAAAUGUGCUGUCAAAUGUUUCCCUCAAUUUCUUUUUACUGAUGGUUUCUUUGUUAUUGUCACCAGGAAUUGAUACAGAUCAACUUUGGAAAAAGUUUUACUUGCAUUCCUGGCCAAGAAAGAGCAAAUGGCCUGAUGUUUAUUUUACCAAAAAUGGGAUUUCAAAGGGAGGUGAGAGUUGGCGUAUUUGUUAUCUUCAAAGAUGUCUCCAAGAUGCCCUGAACUGUCAACGUGAUCUUGAUAAGGAGAGCAGUUGCUGCUCUUCUGCAGGUACAUGUAUAUGUAGAACAAUUAACAAAUUAAGAUAAAUUGUUUAUGAAUGUUGCACAAUCAGUGAAGGAAAAAUACGUAAGUGCACUUAAGUCUCUUUUUGAAUAAUUAUGUAAGAAUGUUACUUUAUUAAAAAACUGAUUUAUCACUUUUUUCUCUGCAAACAAGAUACAAAUCAACUAAUCAAGAAGUUGAAUAUGAUUGAUGUUGCAAUCAAUACAAAUUUUAAAUUUAUGUGCUGGAGUGAACUCUUAGCAAAAAUAAAACAGUUUUUGGUAAUUUUUGCUGUUGUCAUGUACCUUUUUGAAGCUCUGUGACAUCUACCUUUAUGUUGUAUUGUAUCAGUGAUUUCUUUGGUUUCUGUACUUUUCAUUACAGAGUUCAAUGCUGAGCGUAUUCCUUGCGAUGCUGCUGUUUCUUCCAAAAACCAAAGCCUUGAAAACAUUGUCGCCAUUUGCGGAAGAUAUGCAACAUACUUGCGACUUUACAACUCAGCUGUCAUUUUACUGAUUGAUAAUCUGAACCUCUGUUUAAAGCUUGUGGAUUAUGUAGAAUUUCUUGAGGUUUUCCUUUUAAGAAACAAUGGAGUCAAUCAGCUGUGUCAUCUUCUUCAGCUAUUAACUUCAAGGAGACUGAAAUCUGUUGGAUUUUGCUUUUCCAAAGUUUCUGGUGUGGAAUUGUGGAGCAGGAUUUUUGACUCCUUGUCAACAAAUAGUCCACAAAAUCAAACUGACAAGGUAGAAGACAACUUUAUAAGCACAUGUACGUGUAUUUCCAGCCCGAAUUCAAAACGUAAAGCAUUCAAUGAAGAAAGCAAGUUCUCUGUCCAGCAAACUUGUAAUCAGUCAAAUUGUGGACACAGUAAGACUGCCUCGGUUCAAGUUGAUUCUAUCUUGAAUUACUCUACAGAUGCCAAUGAAGAAGGUACCUUGGACUCUUUUCAUGAGAAUGAUGAUAUUGAUAUUUAUACCUUUGAUGACUGGAAUGACUCGCCUAAAACCCAUGAAAGAACUGUAGCCAUCUCAUGUAGAGGCACCAAGUAUGGGAGAGGUGAGAAAAGAUUUGAAACUAAUAUUAGUGAUCCAUUGAGUUCAGAUCUUUAUGAUGAAGUGUUUGGUCAGAGUACCUAUGGACAGCCAAGUGAUGUCAUGGUUAAUAACUUUUUCCCUGUUGAAAACCAAGGAUUACAGAAAUCUUCAGAACCACACCAAUUUUCACCUAAAUCUUCUAUAUUGGAUUCAUCAUUAACCUGUUUUCCAAGACAUACAUGUUUUCUGGUUCACUUUGAGUUGGUAGGGUUCAGGCUUUAUACUGACAUUUUUAUGACGUUUGUGCACACCCUUAAAACUUGGUUGGCCCUGGAAACGAUGAUUCUUCAAGAUAAUGGCCUUGGUCUUGUGUCAACACCUGGCAGCGAGUUUGUAGAUACACUUAGUUUUCUUUGUACUAAUGGAGGACUGCAUUCUCUUCAAAUCACAGAUAACCCAGUUAAUGAUGAAUUUACAAAACUCCUUUUUGAAAGACUUGUGGUCUCUUUGUGCUGUAAAUGUUACAAGGAUUGCAACUGUAGUCAUGGAUAUUUAACCAAAUUGAAAUUCUCAUCAAACAUAGUUUCACCAAGUACCUCUGUGUAUUUAGGAAAAGUAAUAACAGAUGUAUGUCAGUGUAAUGUAAGCAAGCAGUUCCAGGAAAAUAUGUUUGAUUCAGUAUUUCCAUUAAGUGACUCUGCCAUGAGCACUGAGGACUCGACUCAUGAAUCUCGUAGUAAGCAGAGGAGUUCCUUUGUCCAUGAUUGUUUGGCUUGUAAGAGUGGUAAAGGUGGCUGGAAAGCAAGUUGUCCAACAGGUGAUUGUGAUGGUGCCCAGAAACCAUCAGUGGGGUGCAAAAUGAAUGCUGAACCAACAGAGUCCAUGGAAUCAAUUGAAAGUUUCUCCCAAAAUAAGAACCCUUUGCUGUCAAAAAGUAGCAUGUGUGAUGUGUUUUUUGGUAUUCAAGUAAUGAAGUUGAGCUGUAUGAUUGGGGAGCAGGGUGCAAGUUUCAUUGCAGAGGGACUAAAAAGAAACAGCACUCUUCACUCUCUGACUUUGGCAGACUGUGACAUCAACACCAUUGGUCUGGCUCAGUUAUUCCAGGCAUUAACAGGUAAAAAACACCUGAUUAAAGACCCUUUAAGUACUAUUACUAUCAGUAUCAUCUGUGUCUAUUGUGUCAGGAAGUGCACAAGGCUUGCUAUAUUUUUGUGUUGCUUGAUAUGUUGAUUGUUACGCUUAUAAUUAUACAUUUAUCAAAUGAAUAUGGUUAUAUAGAAGGUGCUUGAAAUUAAAGCAAGAGGGUUUCAGAAAAAAUAGCUUAUUGGGUUGACUGUUUAGCAAGCCUCAAAAAUGUCUUUGUUUAUUUGUGGUUUGUUUUCAGGUUUUUUGUACGGGAUCUGCACAAUGUUCAAUAGUUGAAAAGUUAAAAUUCUUUGUAGCUAUGUUAAAUGGCCCACAACACAUUGCCUGUUGAUUUUUAUUCAAAAUGCAAUAUUUUAGUGAAGAGAGAGACAAAGGUGUUUUGUUCAAUAUUCAGUUUGUACAAGUUUGUAAUUUAUUGUUACUAUCAAGGAACUUGUAAUUUAGAAAUUUUGACUUUGUUAAUUGCACUACUUUAGGUAACAGGAAUGUGAAACAUGUGUGUGUGAAAGGCAACCAUUAUGAUCCCAACAGUGACAACAGCCUGGCUGAAAUGCUUUCAUCCAGUAGCACAAUAACUGAGCUGGACAUAAGUGGUUGUCAACUCAGAGGUAAAUGAAAAGAAAAUCAUCAUGAAAUAACACACCCCUGGGGUGUUAGCGAUGGAACAGCAGUAAAUAAAAGUGUAAUCAUAGUCAACAUCAUUAUGUUGUAGCUCUGAGGUAGACCAUAAUUCUGAAGGUCAACUGGAGUUAAAUUUUUCUUGGAAACUUAGAAUUUUCUUUUUCCCAUGAUCACCACAAGAUAAAUGACUUCUUUCUUUAAAACGUACUUACAAUGUGUUCAUAGUUUUUGUGUUCUCUUAACCCUUUCACUCCCAGGGGUGAUUGACAUGAAACUUCUCUUUAUAACAUUCUCACAUUAUCAAGAAAACAGGUCAGGAGAAUACUCAAACUUAUCAGUUUGAAGUUGUUAUCUUGAUCUAUCACCAAAUUCGUAUGACUAAUUUAAAAGGAAAUGUGUAGAAACUAGAGGGGAGAAUUAACAUCAAGAUCUUUAGAGUCAAAGAGUUAAAAACUGUAAAUCAUGGUUAAGUUACAUCCCUCAUCUUUUUUCCUUUACUCUCUCCCUUCUUGUCAUUCUUAACGCUUUCCUUCCUCCUGUCUUUUAUUGCUUAGAGCUUUUGAGGUGUUAUGGGUGGAAAGGGUUUAAUGUGUUCACUACUUACCCAAGUAAUGUUCUCACAUUUGUGGCAGGUUUAAGUGAAAACAUAAUUGCAGCACUGUGCAUAAACAAAACUCUGAUUACUUUGAAGUUGGCAAGGAAUGGAUUGUGUAAGUUUUAUUUCUCCAAAUUGUCUUACCCUAAAUGUUCAGACAUUAUACACUAUUGCAGAGAUACAAAGUAACAUUUGGAGAUUUCAGAUCAGGUUUUUCCUUUUAAGCUAAUUAGUUAAGGUCAGUAUCACAUUUGUGUGCAGCUUUGUAGCUGCAUUUCUGACCAUUUUUGUGCCAUGAAAAGAAAAGUUGAAAGGCAUAAGUUGUGAUUGUCUUGUAGGAAGUGUAUUCUAAUGAGUGAUUGUAUCAAACCAGUGAUUACUGUAAGAGUUGUAACCAGUAAGGACUGAUUUGAAUUUUGUCACAUAAUCUGCACAUCCCUGUUACUUGUAGCAACAGUUGUUUACUGAUCAAACCCAUGCAGUACACUUGUUUGAUUUUGAAACCAGAAGUAUCAUUUCGUCAGUGCACAUAUCCUCUCUCUUCAUCUGACUGAAGUGAGCUGCAAAUUGUUUUAACCUAGCUGUCCUCACAUUUAACUUUAGGAGUGACCACAUCAGUGGUGGGACAUUGAUUUCUAACACUUUCAUCACCUUAAUAACGAAGAACCAUAAUUCAAAACAGUUAAGUAGGUAAUACUAAAAGUACUUAAAUUUGAUUUACUUCAAACUCUUUUUCAAAGGUAAUAAUGAUAUCACUGCUUUGUCUGAAGUUUUCUCUCAUCCCAGCCAGCUCUCAAAAAUUUUGAAAUUAGACCUGAGGUGGGUUUUUGUAUCUUAUUAUAAUAAUAAUAAUAAUAAUAAUAAUAAUAAUAAUAAUAAUAAUAAUAAUAAUAAUAAUAAUAAUAGAUCUUAAAAAUGCAUUCUACAUGUCUUGAUGCUUUUUACAACUAAAAGAAAGAGCUCUCAUGAAACAGGUAUGUUUUCAACACAGUUGGAAUCACUAGAACAAUGAGAGUGACAGGGAUUGUAAUGGUGUAACAGCUCAUUUAACAUCUUGCUAGUGUUAAAACAGUUAUAAAGGGAGGAUAUUCUCAAACUUGAACAAGAAGGUAAUCAAUGCUUGAUCUGAGGAGUCACUACUGGUUAUAUUGAUUUUGUGUAUAGGCAAGGGCUUCAAUUCCAAUGUUAUUUAAGUAUUGAGAUAUUACAUGUAGUUAUUUGUCCACCUGCCUUAGUGAGAAAUAAUUCAUUUCGCAUCAAUAACAAUUCAAGGUGUUUUGCUCAACAUAGGGAGUGCUAGAGGGUAAAAUAUUUUUUGCUAAAGGUGUAUUUUUCAUGUUUUUUUUUACUUCAGCAAGUUCUAUACUGUACUUUAUGACCAAAAGCUAAAUGUUGUGCAGAUGUUUUACUUGAUUGGUAUUUUUUUGAAGCCCUGAGUUGCUCAUCUUUCCUAUAUAUUUUUCCCACAGUUUUAACCACUUUCCAGCAGAAUGCCUGUCAGUUUUAGUUUCAUCACUUAAAAGCAUCAAGCCCAGAACACUUGAUGAAUUGAAACUGACACCUACUCUUCCUUGCACAAGAUUCCAACAAGUAUUGCCAAGUCUGCAUUCAGUGAUAAAAAAUGUGAUAAUUGUUGACUACUUGCAUCAUGGCACCUUAUUUGCUGAUUAUGUUGGCCAAAUGUGAUCAGAGGAGUCUGGAAAUAGUUUCAUCAGUAUCUAGACUGACCUCAUUCAGCCAACUCAACUUAGGUGGAUACAUCUAUGUAGACACAUCAAGGCCUCUUUAAAGGAGCUCAGUCAAUGGAUAAAGAAGGCUUUCUUAGUUUCUGGGAUCUUGCCUUAUCUUGCCAUAUUCGUGUUUGAAAAUUUCAUACAGGUUAUCAGUGGAGAAGAAACUAGUGUCUCAUUCUCAGUAAUCAAGCCUAUUUGGAUAGAAAAAUUUUACAAUUUUCCAUGCUGACUUAGCAAGCCCUGGUAACAGGGCUUACUUUGAAAGUGAAAUAAAUUGUUGCUAAAAGAACUGGAAACAAAAACCAAAGUUAAAAGUGUGUGGAUACAGUAUUGUUAGUAAGCUAUUUUUGUUGUUUGCUUGUUGGUUAGCUUGUUUGUCUGGUAUAAGGGAACUUUUACCUCCUCCCAAGAUGAAUAUAUCAAGUAUCUUACAAGAGUACUGUGAGAAAAAUUAG